AUGUCCGCCCUCCGGACGCUGUCACGGCGCACUGCGUCAAGCUCUGUCCGCCUCGUCUCGUCUCGUUUCGCCUCUCCCGCCCUCUCUCUGUCCAGCAGGUCAUUCUCAGUCUCCGCCAGUAACAUGGGCCGCUUCGAUGGUGUCGAGCCCAGCGCUCCCUCGGUCAAGACGGCUAUUCCUGGCCCAAAGGCCAAGGAGCAGAUCGCCGACCUGGACAAGGUCUUCGACACGAGGAGCUUGAACAUGCUCACCGACUACAAGUCCAGCAUUGGCAACUACAUCGCAGACCCGGAUGGGAACGUCCUCCUUGAUGUGUAUGCGCAGAUCGCAUCUAUCCCCGUGGGAUACAACAACCCUCACUUGAUCGAGACCAUGAAGAGCCAGGCCGUGGUCAGCUCUCUGGUCAACAGGCCCGCCCUGGGCAACUUCCCUCCAAACGACUGGGCCGAGAUCCUGCGGUCCGGCAUCCUCAAGGUGGCCCCCAAGGGCCUGGACCAGGUGUUCACGGCCAUGGCUGGGUCAGACGCCAACGAGACGGCUUACAAGGCGGCCUUCAUGUGGAAGCGCCAACAGCAGCGUGGCGGCGCCCACGUUGAGUUCACCGAGGAGGAGCUGAACUCGUCCAUGAACAACUCGUCCCCCGGUGCCUCGGAGCUGUCCAUCCUCUCCUUCAAGACCGCCUUCCACGGCCGUCUAUUCGGCUCGCUCUCCACCACCCGCUCCAAGCCCAUCCACAAGCUCGACAUCCCCGCCUUCGACUGGCCCCAGGCUACCUUCCCCCUGCUCAAGUACCCCCUGGAGGAGCACGUCGAGGAGAACCGCAAGGCUGAGCAGGCCUCGCUGGCCGAGGUCGAGCACCUCCUCACGACCUGGCACCUGCCCCCGUGCGCCGUCAUCGUCGAGCCCAUCCAGUCCGAGGGUGGCGACAACCACGCGUCGCCCGAGUUCUUCCAGGGCCUGCGCGAGGUGACCAAGAAGCACGACGUGCUCCUGAUCGUGGACGAGGUGCAGACGGGCGUGGGCGCGACGGGCAAGUUCUGGGCGCACGAGCACUGGAACCUGGCGACGCCGCCGGACAUGGUGACGUUCUCCAAGAAGGCGCAGACGGCGGGCUACUACUUUGGCAACCCGGAGCUGCGGCCCAACAAGCCGUACCGGCAGUUCAACACGUGGAUGGGCGACCCGGUGCGGGCGAUCCUGUUCCGGGCCAUCAUCGAGGAGGUCGAGAAGCACGGCCUCGUGGAGCAGACGGCGCGCGUCGGCAACUACCUGUACGGCAAGAUCGCGGCGCUGGGCGACAAGUACCCGGGCCAGUUCGCCAACCUGCGCGGCAAGGGCCAGGGCACCUUCAUCGCGUUCGACAACCCCAAGCGCGACGAAUUCCUCAAGAAGGCCAAGACCCUCGGCAUCAACAUCGGCGGGUCCGGCGCGAGCGCCGUGCGGCUCAGGCCGAUGCUGACGUUUGAGGAGAAGCACGCAGACAUCCUGGUCGAGGCCCUGGAGAAGAUCGUUACGUCAUUGCAGUAA